GCAUUGAUAUGAUGUUAGAUGCAGUGGACCCUCGCCACGCCCCAGUCGAAUGAAUAAUUCAAAGAAAAAUUAUGCUUAAAUUUUAUGUGAUUUAUAAAAUACAAACGGGAAAAUUUUCGAUGCUUUGUCGGUUAAUGUGUGCACAUGGUUCUGAUAAUAUUAAUGACCAAUUUUUUUUGAAUUGAAUGCAAAAUUGAAUUUGUAAAUUUAUUUUAUUUUUCGUAUUUUUACUCUGUUUUCUGUAUAUUACACUCGAAAUUUCGUGUAUAUACAUGGGAAUGUACCAUAAAUAUUUUAGUGAAAAUGUGGAUGAACGUAAAAAUAUUGCUCAGGAUAUCAGUGCACUGAAGUGAUAACAAACAAAAACAAACAAUAACCGAAAUGGCCAACACUAUUCAAAUAGUACUCAUAUUUGCUGGGUUCAAUUAUAUCACAGCCCUUCAAUUGACAGAAAUUUCCGUCCCCGAAAUAGCCGAUUUCAGAGAUCCAGUAACAUUAUCAUGUAGCUACAAUAUGGGCUCUCACACAUUAAACUCGGUGAAGUGGUAUAAGAACAAUCAAGAAUUUUUCAGAUACACUCCACUAAUGUACCCAAGCAUAAUGAAAUUUAAUGUCGACGGGGUUACGUUGGCAGAACAAACAUUUCAUUGCAAUAAAGUUACAUGUAGCGUGAAUUUAGCACAAUUAGGGCCGCGAACUAGUGGCUUAUAUCGUUGCGAAAUCUCUGGGGAUGCACCCGAAUUUAAACUCGAGUGGAAAACCGGAAACAUGACUAUUGCAGCUCUACCGAAGCAUGAUCCAGUCAUUAACGGUCUGCAGCCAUCAUACCAAAUUGGCGACUUUGUAACUGCUAACUGUUCCUCCGAUAGAUCGAGUCCAGCAGCUUCGUUGUAUUGGUAUAUUGGCGAUGAAAAGGUACCACCUGAUUACCUUCAACCGCAACACGAAACAUCAGCUCUCCAAAAUGAAUUUAAUUUACGCUACCGCACACUGGAAAUACGUUUUCUCAUCGAUAAGGAGCGGUUUGGUAACGUGAAGCAAUUGGUGCUGAAAUGUUCAGCGAAAAUCGAAAAUUUUCCCUUACUCACACGUGAUAGAACGAUAUCGUUUUUUAUAGGCUUAGCCGAUGAUGUGGCAAAUCAAAAAUUAAUUAACAAUAAUUGGAAAAAUUCAGCUAGCAAUAUGAGAGUUUUUCCAUGUACUUUGCUGCUAAUUUACGCCGUUGGAUUUGUUAAAAGUAUUUAUGUGUAGUUUGUUCCAUUUAAUGGAUAUUAUUAUCAUCUCAUCAACACAUUUAAUGGAGAACGGGUAAUGAACGAGAUCGUAAUAUUAAUUAACAUAAAGGAAACAUUAUGUGCGCUAAAGUAUUUUAUUAAAUAAUUUAGCAAAUGAAUAGAAUUAUGAUCAAUGAAUGGAGAAUGAUAAAUAUUCCUCAAAAUAGAUAGACUAUAAUCUAUGCAACAAAUAAAUUGAGUCGCAUAAACUAGAUAAUAUCAAAACGAAAGAAAGAAUUUUUGGUUUCCGUUACGACCGUCGCUGACAGGGGUGAUAUUAUAAUUUUUUCGGUUACUGACUAAUUUCGGGCUCUCAAUGACAUGUACAGGUACAGUUCAGUGCAAAUGCUGAUUUCAUGCUGAGUUGAAAACUGAUGAUUCCGAUGGUACUAAUUAUACGUAGAAGUGACAACAGAGGUCGCUGCGUACAUUACAAUACGCUUACGAGUGUCUGUUAUCAUUUUUGUGUAUGCUGAGGAGAAGACUAAAACAAACCACAAAAGUUUUCUGAAACUGAAUGAGAGAUGUUUCAGAUAUCGAUUAACGGAAUCAGUACUAAAGCACUUAUCAUUUCUCCGAUCAACAUACAUUUGCACUCCGCUUAAAAAGUUGGAUUUUUUAGUAAUAUUAUAAUAAUUGUGGGGAUUUUAAUCAAUUUUCCUGUCCAAUGUUUACUGAGAGCAAUGUCUAACAUUAAACAAAAGAAAAUUGGCUCCGUUUCACGUUGCCCUCUAACCCCAACUGUAUAGUAAAUACAGCACGCUAGUUGCUAAAAGAACAAGUUCGAACAUCUCCAAGUUGAUCACGAUAUUGCAACGGCAUCCCAAUUUUCUAGUUGUAUCUCCACGAACCUAAUAGUUAUUUACAUAUCUGUUGUAGACGGUAUAUUUUAGGCAAUUUCGCAAGUUUAGCCUGGACGAUGCGACAAGUGAAAGUAUCUAUUAAAAAAAAUCGUCCACAACAGAUGCGUAUACAAGUUUUCAUGCUGCGGGCCUAAAUUACGAGAAAAAUUCGGAAAUUAAUACCCAAGGCAUGAAAAGAUAAUUAUCUGUGUACUAAAUAUGGAAAACAUCAUCUGCCAUCUGGCUUUGUAUGUGUCUUAACCUGUCUUUCAGGACCGAGCGAAAAUGUAACAUCAAAUGUACAGAUAACACAAGCUGUUGAAUUUUUAAGUUUCUUUUUACUCUUCGCUGCCUUUAAUAUUUAAUUGACAGAUUUUACAUCAUUCUUUUGCGGCGCCAUUCGAAAUUUUAUUUUUAAAACGUUAUACAUAAUACAUCAAUUACUCAGACGCUCCAACUAAUUCAUAAAACUUCGGUGCAUUUUCAAAGUUUGUCGUGCAACAGUUUUCUUUUUUUUUUUACUAUUAUUUAUAAUUCAACUUUCCAUCGAUAAUAUAAAAGGUUGUUCCAACUAGUUAGGUAAUUUUCAAAGAAAACUUAUGAUUGAAUACAAAGCUAAUUAAAGAAGUGUAUUCCAUGCGGUACAUUAUUCGAUGAAGUAUAUAUGAGACACACAACACGAGUCAUUUAUAAAAACAGCCAAGCAGAUUGUGACUGCAGAAAAAAGUUUCCCUUAAUUUUUCAUGUGUUGCAAUAAAUUUUUUGAUUUGAUUUAUUCAUGACAAUAUAUGUAUAAAGUUACAUAUAAUACGCCAAACACAACAACGCGAGUACAUAAAAAUUGCCUUUCUUGAACAUGGGUAGACAGUUGCAAAUAAAUUGAUCAUACGUUGGCUAAAUGACUAAUACAGUUAAAGUCAGCGAAAUUUAUGUCGAAAUUUGCUUCAUCUGUUUACCAAGUAGUCCACGUAAACAACUACCAUACUACUUAUAAGAAGAAGGAUUGUAUUUGAGUUAU